CAGGCUCGCAGUCAAAUUUUGCGGUUUCAAGGUCGACAUGAACUAUUGUGAUUACCAACGGGUUCGCCGUGCGUAGUCAGUUAUUCGAAAGCUAGUCAAAAAGAACGUCUUGAACCUUUUUGGAUACGUUAAGGAUAUAAACUCAGUGUGAAGAAUGUUAAACCCUGAGAUGUUUCUUGACUCGGAUACAGAAAAUGAUCUUAUACAAGACACAGUUGUUGCUUUCACUUCACGGCACUUGACAGAAGCGAUUGAGGGGCAAGUGUUGUACCAGGAAAAAUAUCACAAGGAAAAGAUCAAAACCCUAACAGUUGCUCUGGUUAUUUGCCUAAAUAUUGAUAUUGAUCCUCCGGAUGUACAAAAAAUUCCACCUUUCUCAAGAGUGGAAGCAUGGGUCGACCCAACCGAUGCUAACAGUCUACACGCUCUAGGCAAUAUCGGAAAAAAUCUUCAGGCCCAAUACGAACGAUGGCAGCCUCGUGCCAGAUAUAAACAGUGCCUUGAUCCAACUUUAGAUGAUGUGAAAAAAUUGUGCCUUAGUUUAAGACGCAACGCAAAAGAUGAUAGAAUUCUAUUUCAUUACAAUGGACAUGGUGUCCCUAGACCCACCGAGAAUGGAGAAAUAUGGGUUUUUAACACGAAAUUUACUAAAUAUAUACCGUUAUCAUUAUAUGAUCUACAAAGAUGGUUAGGUGCUCCAACCGUUUAUGUAUUAGAUUGUCAAAAUGCUGGGAGAAUAAUACAUAUGUAUGAAGUUUUCUGUGAACGUCGAAAAGCUGAAGCAGCUGUAGUUGAACAAAGACAAAUGGAAUGUGAUGGUAAAACUGAUCAAUCAGAAACAUUUCAAUGCAAUCAUCAAACAUAUUCUGGAUCAAAUUUUCCAAAUAUUCAUAAUCAAGCCACAUUACCAUCAUCCUCCACUGCUCAUGUUGUCAGUAUGGAAAAUACAUUUAUGUUGGCUGCAUGUAGUAAAGAUGAAGAUUUACCACAGAAUCCAAAUCUUCCAGCAGAUUUAUUUACUGCUUGCUUAACUACACCAAUCCGUAUGGCACUUCGUUGGCACUGGUUACGUCAUCAAGAAUAUUUUCCCGGCUACCUAGACGAAGCUUUAUUAGAUCGUAUACCUGGCUCUCAUUCAAAUCGUAUGUCAUUACUUGGUGAAAUUAAUUGGAUAUUCACUGCAGUAACUGAUACAAUAGCAUGGUGUAGUUUUCCAUUGGAUAUAUUUCAAAAAUUAUUUCGUCAAGAUUUAUUAAUUGCUAGUUUAUUUAGAAAUUUCUUAUUGGCUGAACGUAUUAUGAAAUAUUAUGGAUGUCAUCCAGUGUCAGCUCCUCUGUUAUUACCAACUUAUCAGCAUAGUAUGUGGGAUGCAUGGGAUCAUACUGUAGAUCGUGUGAUACAUUAUCUACCAAAAAUGUUAAAAAUCAUUGAAGGUGGUAGCCUAUACACUGAGAAAUUAUUGCCAAUAAUAAUUCCCAACUCAAAUACGGUUGUCAAUAAUAAUAAUGGUGGACUAUUAAUGAAAACAGUCAACAACAAUUAUCCAAAUUCAAACAAAAUUACUACCACUACUACUAAUAAUAAUAACAAUGGUAAUAAUAAUAAUAAUAAUAAUAAUAAUAAUAAUAAUGGUAAUAAUAAUCGUAUACCAGGGCCACCUUGUCCAACUGGCAAUAUUCCAUUGGAUGUGUGUACAAAUCGUGCUCGUCAUUUUUCUACACAACAACAAACUCACCUAUUACAACAACAGUAUCAACGACAGGAAAUUCCACAAGGAAUCCACUCAGGGUUAUUACCAUUGAAACCAGUCAAAUCAACUGUUCCUUCAGUUUGCGUAUAUCCACCAAAUAAGUCACAUAGUGAUAAUAAUAACGAUGGCAAUAAUAUCGCUAUUUCACAGCAACCAUUGACGAAUCCAACUAAUCCUGACUUGAUUACGAGUUGUGAUGUUGCGUCAACCAUGACAUCAAGUACGGUGUCCAAUGUGACUGUGUCGUCGACUUUCGUGUCUACAACAACAACGACAGCUGUUACAAAAUCAAGAGCAGUUGGUAAAGCUGAUCAUUUGAGAAAUCAUCCAACCAACCAAUUGAUUGAUACUCAUGAGAAGAAAUCUCAACUGAAUCAUGAUUGUCUUCAGUGUGACAAUAAUGAUCGUUCUACAGCUAAUGUACUACAGUAUGGAUUGCCUCCUGAGUGUCUUCAAACUCAACAUUAUCCAGUUACUGUUACUACUAUUACUACUAAUACUGUGACUACUGCCACUUUUAAUACAUCUAGUCGAACUUCUGAGUUAGUAUCAAAAUCAAAGGUAUUCAAUCUAUUGAGCUCGGAUUUAGUUGCCCCACCUCCAGGAUUUAAUAAUAAUAAUAAUAAUAAUAAUAAUAAUAAUAAUAAUAGUAAUGCUGAUAAGCUUCAGUCGCAACCGCUAACAGCCAUGUUGAUUGAUUCAGAACAAAAUAAUCAUCCUCCUACUACCAAUACUACUGUUGAAUUUAUCAGUAAUGAUACUAAUGAUAGUAAUAAGGAUUCGAUUGAUAUAAAAUCAACUCUUCAUAAAGUGAAGCAGAUGAAUCACUUAGAAAUUACUAAGUUUACUAAUCAAAAUACUAAUGACGAAUCCCACUUUACCAAUGAUGAUAAUAAUGAUAAUGAACCGAAAUUUCUCACUACUACUACUACUGCUAUGAACAAUAACGAUUCUGCAUCAAUUGUUCACCAUACCAUAACAAAUGAAACAGAAAAGUCAGUUGAACAAGCGGAUAACCAAAUCUCGAAGACAACGAUACCGAGCGGUUUUCAUCCUUCUCAACAACAACAACAACAACAACAACAACAACAACAACAACAACAACAACAACAACAAACAACAACAACAACAACAACAACAACAACAGCACAGAACACAUCAAAUACUCAUCACGAUCAUCGUCAAAAAGAUUCAUCUAGCCGGAACGACAAGGUCAAAUAUUUUGAACACGAUGAUAACCAGAAUAAUGAAACCAGUCAAGAAAAAAUCUGUCAUGAGAAUAAUGGUAACGAUGAUGAUGAUGAUGUUGGUGAUGACGAUGAUUCGACAGACAAUUCUGAAACAGAUGACGACGACGAUGAUGAUGACAUUGAUGUUGACGAGGAAGACGAUGAUGAUGAUGAUGAAGAGGACGAUGAUGGUGGUGGUGACGAAGAGGAAGAAGAUAAUAGGGCGGAACAAUACAAAUGUAAUAAAACUACUUUAAAUGUUCCAAAUAUCAUCGGUUCAACAGGAAUUGUUGACAAUAGAACUAACCUUUGUAGUGGUAUUGGUAAUAGUAAAUUGAUGAAUAAAAAGCAUGAUAAACAACUUUCUCAUAGUAUAUCCUGUUCUGAUUUAUAUACACAUACAAAUUGUAAUGAUCAGCAUGAUUCACAACCACAAAUUACACGUCAACAACAACAUCAACAACCUCAUUCGAAAUUAACACAUGAACAAGUAAACAUGAACACAUAUGAUGAGAAUAAUACUACUAAUCGAUGUCAACACUUACCACCAGGAGUAGUAGUAGAACAUCAACAAACACCAUUAAACUUGAAAAAUAAUAAUCAUGAUGGUACUGUAACUACUGAAAAGGCGACAUUAAUCAAAUUAACAGAAUCUACUAAAUUGAUGAAUAUGACUUGUAAAGAUAUAGAGAAUAGUGUAGUAGUUUCUGCAAUAAAAUGUAAAUUAAACAAUGACCUAUCAUCAAUGAAACAAGCUGAAAAUUCUAAAAAUUCUGGAAACUCACGUAUUUCCACUCCAAUGAAACCUCGUCAACCACCGAUUCACACACAGUAUCCACAUGGUUAUGAAAAGUUGUACCUGUUACCAAAUAGUGGUGAUAUUCAGAAAGUGACUGGAGCCUGUCGGCAUCGAGUUAUUAGCAAUCACUCCAGCAAUAAAUCAGCGACAGUAAGCCAACAACUAGGAGGACCAAUAACAACAACUACAGUUUCAUCCGCACAGACCAAACAUAUCAAACAGUAUUUUGACUCUAGAACUUGUACAAAAUUACCAAAUGCAAAUGAUCAUUGUAACAAUAGAGUUAUUCUACCAAAUAAUGUUAAUUAUCAAAAUGAACAUUACCCGGAUCCAAAUAAAUCUCAGUUGAAUUAUUAUUCCGACACGUUAUUAUUACCACCACCGUCAUCUAACCAACGAAUGAAUACAUCAUCUACGUUACCACAAUUGUCUCAUUGUCAACAGUCAAUGACUAAUCAAUUCGUCAGUCCCACGGUGUCGACGGCUUCUACUACAGCUGCCACUACUGCUACCACCACGACUGCUACAGUUUUUUCUGGAUCAGUGAUAGGUGGAAGUGGUCCAUCGUCAUUUUUCACUAGUCAAAUGACUGCAUUCAAAAUCUGGUUACAAACGGCUGAUGAACGACGUCCUGUAGCUACGCAAUUACCAAUUUUAUUACAGAUUUUACUAAGUCAAAGUCAUCGAAUACGUGCAAUGCAAUUACUCAGUGAAUUUCUUGACUUAGGACCAUGGGCAGUAGCGCAUUGUUUAACAGUUGGAAUAUUUCCUUACAUUGUUCGUUUAUUUCAUUCACCAGUUUCAGAAGUGAAACCAUAUUUGGUAUUUAUUUGGGGCAAAAUUAUUGCCAGUGCACAAACUGAAUUCGGUCGAAAUGAUUCAGUUCGUGAUUUCGGUUAUAAAUAUUUCAUCGCUUGUUUAAGUGAUACUGAAAAUCUUUCGCCUCUUACUAGAACAAUCACAGCGUUUGCAUUAGCUAAAAUGUUGGAAAAAGAUGAAUCUGAAGAGCCUGAUCCAUUUUUUCAAGAUGUUUAUUUAAAACAAAAUUUCUUACCAAUUGUACAAACACAAUUAUUUGAUAAUACUCCAACAGAAAAUGAAGAAAUGCUUAUACGUAUGAGAUUAUGGCUUAUUCUUGCAUUAGCUAAAUUGUGGUGUAAAAAUGAUGAAGCUCGAUGGUUUGGUAUACGACAUAAUUUACCAGAAGUACUUCUGGCUUAUUUAAAUGAUAUUUCACCGGAGGUUCGAGCAGCUACAGUUUAUGCUCUUGGCAAUCUCAUUGAAAAUCAAACUACUGAUUCAUCGAAACAAAAUCAUGCAGAUCAAAUAAGUCAUGAAAUUGGUGGUCAAUUAGUCAAAUAUUCAUCACGUGAUGCUUGUCCAUUAGUACGUUGUAUGGUUGUUGAAGCAUUUCGUGGUUUAGUGAAACAAUUUGAAUCACAAUUAUGCGCUAUUGGUAUACAAUAUAUACAAGAAAUAUAUAAUAAACAAUCUCAACAAAAAUCACACCAAAAUUCUACAAAAUUAUCAUUACAUUCAAUAACAUCAUGCCCUGCAAAAAGACCUAUGCGUCAUAGUACAAUAAGUGUAAUUACUCCACCAGGAGAGUUAACUUCUAAUCAUAUCAAUUUACAUAGUGGUUGGUUUUUAACAAAAUCAUCAAGUCGAGAAGUUGAUCAACAACAUAACUACAAUUAUUAUUAUUCUCAUCAUAAAUCUCAUUUAAUCAAUACACAACCACAAGCUUCGCCAAUUUUACGUAAAUCUGUUUUCAAUCCUGGUUCAGUGUUUUUCACUGGUAGUGGUAAUACACCUAGUACAAAUAUCUACGUUCAAUUUUGGCUUACAUUAGUUCAAUUAGCUCAAGAUCCUCAUCCAGAAGUUUCUCGUCUUGCUACAAUUUUAAUACAGUAUCUAUAUGGAAAGAUUCGUGAAAAGGCUGAAUUUCAAGCUAUUUGUUACAAUUCACCAAAUAAUAAUGAUAAUAAUGAUAAAUUUAUAACAAAUGAAGAUACAACUUUAAUCUCAUCAUUGAAUACAUCAUUCACAAGUAGUAAUACAUCUAAUGACAAUGCAUCAAAUACUGUAAACGAGUUGAAUUCUACACCUGAUAACAAUAAUUCAAGCCGUUUUUCAGAAAAUGCUUCUAUUAAAGAACUAAAUUCUAAUACUAUUACAUCAAUUACUACUAAUUCUGCAUUACAAAUGACAACUACUAAUCCCUCUUCUAGUUCCCUUAUUCAUUCUGCACAAUUCCCUGGUCGACGACAUCAACAAACUGAUCAACGGUUACGUGUAUCUGUCACAAAUUCUCCACAAUUACCUAAUACAAUAAUCUCUAAUAACACUGUAACAUGUGAAUUACCGGCUACUACUACUAAUAGUAGUGGUAGUAAUAGUAAUUACCCGUCAUCACUAGAUACUGUACAUACGCAGUUUUUUGCUUGGUCUUGUCGAUGGUUUACUCGUCCACUUUUAUCUAAAUAUGGACAAUUGAACAAUGGACAAUCGAAAAGUCAAACUACCUCAAAAAACUCCUUCGAUUAUGAACCAGUCUCAUUGGGUACAAUCUCUAUUGAUCCAAAAGCAGUCGCUUAUACAGAUCGUGUAAAUCGUUUAAAAAAACAACGAAAAAUUUCUCAUCUAGGACGUUUACAAUGGGAACGUGUUGCUGGACAAAUUUCACAUCCAAUAGUUACAUCUAAUUCAAAUGUUAACACUACAACAACUACAAUCAGUCGAAAUAUUUCAUUUUGUAAUUCAACACCUAUCACUACUACUAAUAAUAAUAUUAGUAGUAGUGUUGGUAUGAGUAACAUGAGUAGAAGUCGUAUUAGUCUUCGUAGCAAUGAUAGUGGUGAUAAUAAUAUAAAUAAUUCCCUAGAUAAUUAUUGUUUACAUCCUAUAGCUUUUUAUAAUCAUCAUCUCAAUCAUGGCAAUAAUAAUAAUAGUAAUAAUGAUAAUUAUUGUUCUAUAUCAAGUCAAAUGAAAUUUCAUCCAUAUCAAUCUCAUUUAGUGAUGAUUAAUUCAGAACGUAAAGGUGUUACAAUACAUUCAACGAAAAAUUUAAAACUUUUACAUUCAAUUAAUACAUUCACUACAAAAUCAUCAUUAUUCCCUGAUUUUCCUUCAACUAUAGACGGAUAUUCACGUGUUGGAUAUGUCACUGAUAUUGAAUUUAUAAAUGCAGAUGAAGAGGAAAGUUUAUUGUUAACUGCAACAGAUGAUGGUUACAUUCGUAUAUGGCGUAAUUAUACACAUCAUCUUGGUCAAGAUCCUGAAAUUCUUACUGCUUGGAAUGGAAUAACAGAUUUAUAUCAAACUGAUUAUCCAGUUGGUGUUGUUGUACAUUGGAGUCAACAAUCAAAUCAACUUAUUGUAUCCGGUGAUACACGUAUUAUACGUAUAUGGGAUUGUUUAUGUGAAUCUAGAUUAAGAGAUAUUAAUACAGGAUCAGAUAUAUCAGUGACAUGUUUAACAAAAAGUAUAGAUAAUCAUUUAUUAGCUGCUGGAUUCAAUGAUGGUGGUAUACGUGUUUGGGAUGUACGUGUACCAUCUUUGAAUCAUAUUAGUUGUAAUAAUAUGAGUGGUAGUAGUAUUAGUAGUAGUAGCAACAAUGAUAGUCUUAUUUUCAACAGUCAAGCUGAUACUGCUAGAAUUUUCAAAGUUGUCUUUUCAUCAACUAAUCGAUUAUAUGCUGUUGGUGCUAUGGGUGGAAUUGGUGCUUGGCAUUUGUCAUUUCCAACUGAGAAUAAUAACACUACCCCUACAACAAUCACUUCAAAUACUCCACUAUUAUCAACUUCAUUGAAUUCUAAUAACAAUAAUAAUGGUGACAGUACUCGUCAUGAUCAUAUCAAUCUAUCAAAUCAUCCACGUAGAUAUAUAUCUACUGUGGUUAGAUCAUCAACAAAUAAUACUAUUAAUAAUUCUUCAACAACUCGACGAUUUCGACGUUUACCUUGUCCACCACGUUUAUCUUUACCAAUGAAUUCAUCGGUUAAUUGUGCUGAUUUAUUGGUUAAUCUAUCAUCACCACAUGCACAUCUUGCAUUGGCUGGUAUUCGUGGUCAAUCAAGUAUUUCAUUACAUCGUAUUCAAGAUGGUAGUUUACAUUCUUCUAUCAGAAAUUUUAAUACUACUAACAAUAAUAAUUUUGGUCGUGAACAAUUUGGAACGCCCACAUGUUGUGCUUUUCAUCCAAACGAGCCAUUGAUUGCCGCCGGUUUCCAUGAUCGAACACUUGUUCUUUUAAAUGUUCAAAAUAAAUUCAUAAACAAAGAAGUAUAA